AUGACCGCUGUCAACCCUACAACAGCCUUUCCGCCGGCCAGCAUCGAUGGACAGAGUCCCAAGGCAUCUGUGAGCGCGUCGGGACAGGCGAGCAGCGCGGCGAACGUGGCGAAGCGGCUACAAUCCGAGUUGAUGUCGCUCAUGAUGUCCCCUCCGGCUGCGGGCAUCUCCGCAUUCCCGGAGAGCGAUUCGGACUUGACGUACUGGGUUGGCAGGCUCGAGGGAGCAGAGGGCACAAUCUACGAGGGCCAUGUCUACGCCAUCUCGCUCCGUUUCCCGCCUGAAUACCCGUACAAGGCGCCUGUCGUCCGGUUCGAGUCGACUUGCUACCACCCGAACGUCGACCUGCACGGCAACAUUUGCCUCGACAUCCUCAAGGAGAAGUGGUCGCCUGCGCUCUCCGUCUCAACCAUCCUCGUCUCGCUUCAAUCGCUUCUAGGCGAGCCGAACAACGCUUCGCCCUUGAACGUCGAGGCUGCGGAGUUGUGGGACGAUGUUGAAGCGUACAAGGUCGAGCUCGCCAAGCACUACCAGCCGCUUCCCGAGGACGAGUAG